UAUAGUGUGCAGAGGGCUUUUCCUGGCUGCAACACUUGAAGGAUUCAGAACCUCCUACAGCCCAUACACCCAUUUUUCUGGACGUCAGCCCACUGCUAUUUCCUAAACUAAAGCGAGGUCAACAUGGCAACCAGAUGGGGACUAUGUGGUGCUGGCAAGAUCAGUCACGACUUCACCGUGGCAAUGAAGACACUUCCUGCAGGAAAUCACAAGAUUGUGGCUGUGGCCUCCCGCAUUCUACAGAACGCGGAGGAAUUCGCCAAGAAGCACAGCAUCCCCACAGCUUAUGGGAGCUAUAAGGAGAUGGCAAAGGACCCAGAGAUAGACAUCAUCUACCUGGGAGUCCUUCACACGCAGCACCUGCGGGUGGGCCUGCUCUUCCUCCAAGCCAAGAGGAACGUGCUGUGCGAAAAGCCCUUCGCCAUGAACUCUCGGGAGGUGAAGCAACUCAUUGCCAGCGCCAGAGAGAACAACGUCUUUCUGAUGGAGGGAAUAUGGUCUCGGUGUUUUCCGGUUCACGUGGAGGUGUGCCGCUUGCUGGCUGAGGACACGGUGGGCGAGGUGAAGAUGGUAAAGGCCUACUUUGGCUCUCCCAUGCUCCACAUACCCCGGGCGGUGGAGAAGGAGCUGGGAGGGGGGGCUCUGCUGGACAUCGGGGUGUACUGCCUGCAGUUUGUGCUGAUGGUGUUCAGGGGCGAGAGGCCGGAGUCUUUACAUGCAACCGGCGUCCGCUUAGAAACAGGAGUUGAUGAAUCCAUGGUGGUUGUUUUAAAAUUUUCCCGGAACAGAAUGGCCAUCUGUGGCUUUUCUAACUCCGUAGCCCUGCCCAAUGACGCAACCAUCAGUGGCACCAAGGGAACCAUCAUGGUGCCCUCUCCCAUGUGGUGCCCGAACCGCCUGGUGUUGAAUGGCCAGGAGUCACAGUAUCCACUGCCGGAACCAUCCAUGCCCCUCCACUACACCAACAGCACCGGGCUGCGCUACGAGGCAGAGGAAGUGCGACAGUGCCUCCUCAAAGGGCUGAAAGAGAGCUCUCGGAUGUCACUGGACGAGUCGUCCCUCUUGAGCGAGAUUAUGGAUGAAGCCAGGCGCCAGGUCGGGGUGGCGUUCCCCCAAGACAGCGAGUGACCUUCUCCUUCCCGCGUCUCAGUGGCUGCAGCGGCACAGAAAGAGGCCCUGAUGCGGGACAGUGUACGGGUCACCGCUGUAACCCCCCACAGGAACCCCCUCACUGCUGACUGCUCAAUAAAGCACAAUUCAGCAAACAGCGUCUGUGCUGUUCAAUCUGAAAUUGACGCCUCAGCCCUUAAAAGUUCUAUAAAGAGUUAUGAUUAUG